AUGGCCAGUGCCGCUGCAAUAAGUGCCGAGCGAUUUCUCGCAGAUCGGACAGCUCCUGUUUGUAGCCUUGAGAUUGGCAAGUCUUUCUCGCAACUAAGUGAAAGAGAAAAGAAAUAUGCUCACUUCAUUGGAUUGGCAUCUUGGGCGGGGGCCCGCAUUAUCCAAGGCCAAUGGACACCUCAGGCACAAGACCUCUACGAUCUGUUGAUCACCAUCUUUAGUGGAGAAAAUGGAUCUUUAGCAAAUGUGGAUGCGUUGCAGAAGAAGUCAGGCUUAUCUACAACCGAGUGGGAGGAUUUACUUCAAUAUACGUCACAGGUUUUGAGCAACUUAGUGAAUUUUAAGACCUUUGGCUUCACCAAAAUUGUACCUCGUCUUCCUUCGGAUAAAUUUGAAGCUGUGGUGGUCAACUCUUUUAACGUCGAUAGGGCUUUGCCUCUAUGGAAAAAUCUAAAGGAUCACAUCUACGCUACUAGCCCUGAAUCAACUCUGUUCAUUGGCAAACGUCAGCUCGGUCACAUCUCAAAUUACUACCUCGGUGAAGUUAUCAAUGACGAGGAAGUGGCUGCCGUACAGGCUGCAGCAGAAAAAAUUGGGGUGGAUGUCUUAAACACCAGAGUUGUAAAGAAUGCCCCCAACGACUUCACUCUUCUAGUUGCUUCGGCUCAGACUCAACCACCCUCUCUUCAUGACAUCGAGUCUAACAACGGUAAAGCUUCGCUCAAAGUUGAAUAUGGCGACUUCGCUGCCGACCUUUCUAAAGUCGUGGACGCCUUGAAGGAGGCUAAAAAAUAUACUGCGAACGAGAACCAAACCAACAUGAUUGAAGCGUAUAUCAAAUCUUUCGAAACCGGUUCUAUUCAAGACCACAAGGACGGGUCUAAAUGGUGGGUUAAAGAUGUCGGACCAGUGGUUGAGUCUUAUAUCGGUUUUAUCGAGACCUAUGUUGAUCCAUAUGGCGGACGUGCAGAAUGGGAAGGGUUCACCGCGAUCGUAAAUAAGCAGUUGAGCGCGAAAUAUGAGACUUUGGUCAAUGAUGCGCCCAAUCUCAUUAAAGUACUUCCAUGGGGAAAAGAUUUCGAGGUGGAUGUUUUCCGGAAGCCUGACUUCACUGCAUUGGAAGUUGUUUCGUUCGCGACCGGAGGAAUUCCGGCUGGAAUUAACAAUUAUUACGAUAUUAGGGAAUCGACUGGGUUCAAGAACGUUUCCUUGGCGAACAUCUUAGCUGCCAAAGCACCAAAUGAAGAACUGACUUUUAUCCAUCCCGACGACGUCGCACUUUACAAUGCAUGGGAUAACAGGGCUUUUGAGCUCCAGGUCGCUAACCAUGAGUUGCUUGGCCAUGGUUCAGGCAAACUGUUUGAAGAAGAUGCUAACGGGAAGAAGAAUUUCGAUGUAGACAAGGUCAUUAACCCACUCACCGGAGGAAAGAUUACUUCGUGGUACAAACCAGGCCAAACCCCAGGUUCGGUGCUAGGCGAGGUUUCGUCGUCAAUGGAGGAGUGCCGUGCAGAGACUGUUGCGCUGUAUCUCGUCAGCAACCCUGAUAUCCUAAGGAUCUUUAACUAUGUCGACGAAAAGGAGAUAGAAGAGAUCCAGUACAUUACCUUCUUGCUUAUGGCACGAGCCGGUUUAAGGGCCCUGGAGUUUUACGACCCUGCAACUCAGAAACAUGGACAGGCGCACAUGCAAGCCCGGCUCGGAAUCACUCAACACCUCAUCCACUCAGGGAUUGCUCGAUUGGAGGAAGUCAGGGACGCAGAUGGCACCUUACAGAACCUUUACGUCAGGGUCGACCGCGGGCUUGUGCUGUCAAAGGGUAGAGAAGCGGCUGGCAAGCUUCUUGUUGAACUCCAGGUGCGCAAGAGCACGGCAGAUGCUGCUGGGGCGCGCGAGUUCUACACGAACCUCACCAAGCCGCUGCCGGGCUGGGAUGGCGAGAUCAGAGAUAUGGUGCUUCGCAAGAAACUGCCCCGCAAAAUAUUUGUCCAGCCGAAUACUUUCAUCGAGAACGACGCUGUCGUGCUGAAAGAAUACCCCAGCACCCCGGUCGGAGUUAUCCAGAGCUUCAUUGAAAGGAAAUUAUAA